UUUGGAUCCACGCUGCUCAGAUCAGAGUGUACACACGAGAGUCAGAGCACUUUUCAUUCACACCGGUGUGGACACAGCUCUCUGACCAGCCGCGGCUCGAAGAAGUAAGUCCUGCUGCCUGUCAGCCCAGUGCGCACUCACUUCGGAGGCUUUUACGCACAGAGAGGACGUUUGGAAACCAGUCUCCUUCACCUGAUUUAAACCAAGGAGACGAGCGGAGGGACGGAACGGGGUUUUUUUUGUAGAAGACUUUUAUAGCAGCACUGGUUUUUUGGUUUCUCUUCUAUGUAUACCAAGAUGGAAACUACUUUCUAUGACGACUCACUCAACGCUUUCUCCCAGCCCGACAGCGCCGGCUACGGAUACAGCAACCCCAAGGCGCUGAAGCACAACAUGACCCUGAACCUCUCGGACCCGACGGGCAGCCUGAAGCCGCACCUCCGCGCCAAGGCCAGCGAGCUCCUCAACUCCCCGGACGUGGGCUUGCUGAAGCUGGGCUCGCCGGAGCUGGAGCGGCUCAUCAUCCAGUCCAGCAACGGGCUCAUCACCACCACCCCGACCCCGACCCAGUUCAUAUGCCCCAAGAACGUCACUGACGAGCAGGAGGGCUUCGCGGAGGGGUUCGUCCGAGCCCUGGCCGAGCUGCACCACCAGCACAUGCCGGCUCCGGGCAGCGUGAGCGUCACCUCAGCCCCACAGACCAGUGUCAACAGCGCGCUGCCGCCCGUGUCCUCGGUGGUCGGUGCCACCGGGUACAGCAGCAACGCCACCAUGCGCUCCGACUCGCCGGUCUAUGAGGACUUGAACACUUUCCACCCCGCCAUCAGCACUGUCUCGGCACCGAACUACACCACCUCAGCCCCGACUAUGUCCUUCCCCGCUGCCCCGCCCCAGCUCCCAAUCUACGGCCAGCCCAGCUCUCUGCUUAGGCUCACGGCUCUCAAAGAGGAGCCCCAAACCGUGCCCGAGAUGCCCGGGGACACCCCUCCACUCUCCCCGAUCGACAUGGAGAACCAGGAGCGCAUCAAGGCCGAGAGGAAGAGGUUGAGGAACCGCGUCGCUGCCUCCAAGUGCCGCAAGAGGAAGCUGGAGCGGAUCUCGAGGCUGGAGGACAAAGUUAAGAACCUGAAGUCCCAGAACUCGGAGCUGGCGUCCACCGCCAACAUGCUGCGGGAGCAGGUGGCCCAGCUGAAGCAGAAGGUGAUGAACCACGUCAACAGCGGCUGCCAGCUCAUGUUGACGCAGCAGCUCCAGACCUUCUGAGGGGCUGUCAGCGGCGGCGGAGAGAGCAAAGACUGUAGUUGAACGAAUCGGACGCUUCCUGUGAUAGUGAGUGGCUGUGUCUCCCGAGGUCGGGACGGGAUUCGGGAUGACCGGCACCGGCAGGAUCUGUGGGCCGCACAGAAAGUUCCCGAGCGCACCGCGCUCCCGGGGGGCGCGUCCCAGAGAUGAGCUCGGGACAGUAACAGUGGCCAUGAACCAGAGGGGGCAUGGCAACAAGCAAGAUACCUUUCUGUUUCUGUUCCGUGCUGCUUUCACAGAACUGGACUGGACUGAAGUUUUCUUGAUUUACACCCAGCUCUGCAUGGACCUUCUCAUGAAUACCAAAGGAGAAAUUCAGUAUUAGAGGAAAUAAGAACCUGCAAUAGAGACGUUUCUUGCUGUAGCCACAAUGGCCUCACACAUGGGCGUGUUGGCCAACUCUAAACGGCUGAAGAGUUGUAACUAAAGCUGCCUGACUUCUGAGUUACAGUACAAUGUACUUCGUUUUCUUAAUUGUAAGAAUUUAAGUUGGAAAAUCUUCAAGAUUUACUUGUUUUUUCUGAAAUUGUUUAAUGGGGUUUCACUCAUUGUUAUAUGUAUAUAAGAUCAACUUGGAGUACUUAUAUUGACCAUUUGUAAUAAGAAUACUGUAUAAUUUUUUAUGUUUUGUUUCCUGAGCACUUCAGAAACUAAUCAAUAUUUAAGAAAAUAAAGCAGAUGAAAUGAAA